AAUAAAUUUUUAAAAGUUUAUUUUUUUUUAAAUUACUCAAUUAAAUGAAAAUAUUAUCUUUUUCUCUUCUUCAAUUGUAUCUAACCAAACAAAAUUAACGGAACUCAUUUCUUUCCUUUCACUUCUGUUCCCCUUCCUUUCUUUUACUAAUUUUUAAGCAAAUAGACGCCAAAUGUUACUGAAAGGAGAGCAACAUAUCGCCGAUCCACUCAAACCGACUGAUACAUGUCAUGACGCCUUGCUUCCCAAAUCAUGGUUGGCUCUGUAUUAUUUUAUGCACAAUAACUUUUCUAUCCUUUAUGGUAUCUGGGGUGGCUGUAAAUCUGACGCAUGGCAUAUUUUAGAUACCAUAUGGUUUAUUGUGAAAUAUUCAUUUCGCAUUUGAAUUUGAGCAAAAAAGGGGGAAAGAAAUGGUGAAAAUCCCCCCUUUUACUUGAACUUUAUCCUUCGACUAACAAAUGUCUCUCUAUGUUUGCUUUGUCAUCUGUGUUUGAAUCUAAAUCUUAUCCUUCCAUUAAUGCUGUUGAUCUUCAUGGGUAGAAAAUUCCUGCUACUAAUUAACUUCUACCGCAUAAACCAAUCCUAUAAUCUUCUGCUUUUAGCCUUCCAUGAUGCACCUGCCUUUGGAAAUUGAUGAGCUAAAUUUAUAUACAUAUUAACAGGGAAUUUUUACUUUGAUAUUGUUGAUAUUUGGAUGAGUUUUAUGAGAUUUUGUUUGAUUUCACAUGGUUUUUAUUCUUUGUGUAGGAAAGGAUGUAAUUGAAAGAAAUCUUACUUUUUAAAAGUAAAUUGAAGAGAUCAGAGACUUGAGGAUCAACUUGUGCAGAAUCCAGAAGUCAAGAACCAAAUCUGUUAUUUUACCAUUGAAGAAAUUGCAAAAGGAGAUCAGAAACCCGACACGGGUGUAGUGUCGACACAUGAUCGGGGUAUCGACACCAUGCGUAAACGUCCAGAAUCCGAUUCUGUUUCUUAUUUUGUGUCAACAUGUAAUCCGAAGUGUUAGCACCACGUGAUCAGCAUCCAAAAUUUAAUUUUUUAUUUCUGUUUCAAGUCUUACUUCUAUUUCAAUUAGGAGUUUUGAGAGGCUAGUGGCAGCCCUCUUUUAGGCAUUAUUGGAGAUCAAGAUUGAGGUUCUAUCAACAAUAGAAGAUCAAGGAGUUCAAUUUCUUCAAAUUGGGUUUUGUUUUUUCUUGAGUUUUUAUCUAUUGUUUGAUAUUUGAAUAUUCAUAACUUUGAUUUUAUAUUUUAUUCUUUUUAUUAUGUAACCUAAUCAAUUCAAUAUGGAUUU